AUGGUCGCACCGCUGACCAUGAAUAGGUGGACAGGCCACGAGACGCGUCUGUCCGUGUCCGUGCUGAGACGUUUACGAGAGGCGAAAGUUGCCGGUGGUCGAACGAGAGCGGCGACGGCAGCAGCAGCGGAAAUUCAAUCGAAUCCCAGAAGCGGGUGUGGACUAGCCGACGAGGACGAGGACGAAGACGAAGACGAGGACGAGGGCGAGGACGAGGACGAGGAUGACGAGGAUGAGGCUGACGAGGACGUUCCGAGGAGUAGUCGGUGCCGGUCGCGUUGA